UUUUUUUUGUAUUCUUUUUUUAUAAUAUAUACAUAUAUAUAUAUAUACAUACAUACAAAGCGUAUACAAACUCAUAUAGCAUGCCUCUUAUAUCAAUUGGUCAUUAUUUACUUAAAAGACUUAAAGAACUUAACAUAGAUACCAUUUUUGGUGUCCCAGGCGAUUAUAAUAUGCCUCUUUUGGAUUUAAUUGAGGACGAUAAAGAACUAACAUGGGGAAAUAAUGUAAAUGAAUUAAAUGCAGCCUAUGCUGCAGAUGGUUACGCUCGUAUAAGAGGUAUGGGUGCAGUUGUCACGACUUUUGGUGUAGGUGAAUUAUCUGCUAUAAAUGGCAUUGCCGGCUCCUAUUCUGAAAUGUUACCUGUUAUUCAUAUUGUUGGAACACCUAUCACAUCUUCUCAAGUUAAUCAUGCUAUCUUACAUCAUACAUUAGGUAAUGGUGAUUUCCAAGUCUUUACCAAAAUCGCCUCCCACCUUACUGUCGCCUCUACGCAUCUUACUCAGGAGAGAGCGAUUGAAGAAAUUAACCGCGUUAUUCAAACCUCCUAUCUUCAUAAACGGCCUGGCUAUAUCGCUUUCCCUUUAGACUUGAUGACCAAGCAAGUAGAGAUAUCUGACACAGCACUUGAUACACCACUUGAUUUGAAGCUACCACCUAAUCCAGAAGAUGUUCAAGAGAUCGUCCUGAAGAAAAUCCUCAAACUGAUUGAGCAUGCUAAACGACCUAUUAUUAUUGUAGAUGGAUGUGUGCUUCGACAACGUCUUCAGUCACAGGUGAACGAUUUUGUCAGACGAUCCGGUUUUCCAACUUUCACAGCACCCAUGGGUAAAGGUGCUAUUGAUGAAGGUCGUGUCUAUAACUUUCGUGGCUGUUAUAGUGGUAACGUCUCUCUAAAGGCCGUGAUAAAGGAAGUAGAGGCAUCCGACUUACUUAUUGAGCUUGGAUCUAUCAAAUCUGAUUUCAAUACAGGUAAUUUUUCCUAUAGUGGGCUUGAAAGGAAACGUACUAUUUCAUUACAUAGCUUUGGCACAAUCAUACAUUAUGCAGAGUAUCCAGGUGUAGGUAUGGCUGAGCUCUUACCUCAUCUGACGGCCAAUUUGCCCAAGAUCCCUAUGCAACUGGAUUUAAAGGAACGUGCAAGACCACCGCCCAUUACUGCGGAGGAUAACAAAAAGGAGAUUACCCACCAUUAUCUAUGGAAUAAGGUGCCCGAGUAUAUACCCGCCAAUAGCAUCAUCGUGACCGAUACAGGGACAGCUGAGUUUGGCGUCUUCAACAUGGAGAGUCCACAAGACACGAUAUUUAUCAGUCAGAUCUUGUGGGGUUCGAUUGGUUUCUCUGUAGGAGCUGCUUUGGGUGCUGCUAUGGCGGAUCGACAACGUCGUCUCUUUUUGUUUGUUGGUGAUGGUUCCUUUCAACUGACUUGUCAAGAGAUCGCCGUCUUUAUGAGACAUGGUCUAACUCCAACCAUCUUGUUGUUAAACAAUGAUGGAUAUUUAAUUGAAAAGAUGAUUCAUGGACGACAUCGUGAUUAUAAUAAUUAUCCAAUGUGGAGUUAUGACAAAACGUUGGAUUACUUUGGUGGAGGUCGAGCUGAACAUAAUGAAAAGUCUGGAAAGGGUUUCCCAUCCAAAAUUGGAUUACAAGUACAAGUGAAGGAUCAAAAAGAGUUUGAACAAGUUAUGACUAAAGUAAAUGAGGAUCCUGAUAAAAUUCAUUUUAUUGAGGUUGUCAUGCCUCAGUUUGAUGCUCCUCGUGAGCUUGCUUUGUUAGUUGAAAAUUCUGAAAAUCGUUAAAAAGAG